AUGUCUCUGACCAACGCCACACCGCUCGAGGUUGCACAGGCAGCUAGACUCGGGUCCCGGAAACUGGCCGUCCUAUCUACCGACGAGCGGAAUGCCGCCCUGACAGCCAUCCACGAUGCACUGGCGAAUGCCAAGGAUGAAGUACUAGCUGCCAAUGUUCAGGACCUCGAGGCUGCCAACAAGGCUGCAGCAGGAGGCACGCUCAGCGCGAGCUUGGUAAAGAGGCUGGAUCUGGGCAAGCCGGGCAAAUAUGAGGAUAUGCUCCAGGGCAUACUGGAUGUACGAGACUUGGAAGACCCCAUCAACAAGACGACUGCGAAGACACUACUUGACGACAAUUUGGUCCUGUCGCGAAUCACGUGUCCAAUUGGCGUACUGCUCAUCAUCUUCGAAGCACGACCCGAAGUCAUUGCCAAUAUCUCCGCGCUUGCAAUAAAAUCCGGGAAUGCCGCCAUUCUCAAAGGUGGUCGCGAAUCCAGCAACAGCUUUGCGGCAAUUGCGUCCAUCAUCUCAAAGGCCUUGGCAUCAACUGCAGUACCAUCAGACUGCCUCCAACUAGUUCAAACCCACGAUGUCAUUGCCGAUCUCCUCAAACAAGAUACCUACAUUGACCUGUGUAUUCCCCGCGGCGGCAAUAAACUAGUCCGUUACGUCAAAGACACGACCACAAUCCCGGUUCUCGGCCACGCUGACGGUAUAUGCUCCACCUAUCUAUGCUCCGACUACCCUGCCGACAAGGCCACCAAGAUCAUCCUUGAUGCAAAGACGAGUUAUCCUGCAGGCUGCAAUGCACUUGAACAACUCCUUGUAGAGGAAGAAGCCCUCAGCACCAGUCUCCCCGUCGUUGCAGAAGCGCUUCUACAAAAGGGCGUCUCCCUUCGUUGCGACAAUGCGUCCCUGAUCGCGCUCAAAGGCAAAUUGGAUCCUCACUCGGCAGCAUUGCUACAGGAAGCAGGGCCUGAAGACUACGAUACCGAGUUUCUGGACUACAUUCUUGCUAUCAAGACCGUCGCAAAUGUUGAAGAAGCCGUUUCUCACAUCAAUACACACGGAUCUCACCACACCGACGCCAUCCUGACUACAUCAGAACCCACAGCCAAGUCGUUUCUCGCAGCCGUGGACUCUUCUAGCGUAUACUGGAAUACGUCUACUCGCAUGGCUGAUGGGCAGAGAUAUGGAUUCGGGACUGAAGUCGGUAUCAGCACGAACAAGAUUCACUCGCGAGGGCCUGUCGGGUUAGAAGGCUUGACGAUAUACAAAUGGGUGAUUGUAGGCGAUGCACAAGUGAGCGCCGAGUACGGUGCCGGAGGCAAGCAAUGGAAGCACCAACGCCUACCCGUCGGUGAUGAGGAGAGCAUUGCGCAAAACGAAGAAGAGAGGGAGGUUUUGAGGAAGUUUAGGGCGAGCAAAGCAUGA